AUGCCUUCUCUACAGGAGCAACAGAAGGAUUGGGCGCUCAAUUUGAAUGGGUUUGAUGUGGAAGAAGCCAAGAUCCUCCGGCUUAGUGGGAAGCCUCAGAAUGCCCCAGAAGGUCCGAUUGUUGUUUUUGCAGAGUUUUGGGGUGACAUUGCCAAGGAGUUUUACUGGAGGACCCAACCCUCGGGAUCCUUUCUGAAAUACAACUUCGAUGUGACAAAAGGGCCCAUCUUUAUCGAAUGGAUGAAAGGGGCUACCACCAACAUCUGCUACAACCUGCUGGACAGAAACGUCAACGAAAAGAAACUUGGGGACAAAAUUGCUUUUUACUGGGAGGGGAACGAACCCGGGGACUCCACCGUGGUCUCCUACAGCCAGCUGCUGCACCAGGUCUGCCAGUUCGCCAAUGUCCUGCGGGCACAAGGUUUCUCUGCAGAAUCCCUCUGUGAACGGAUCCUCGAUUCCAACUGCUCCCUCCUCAUCACGGCAGACGCCUUUUACAGAGGGGACAAGCUGAUUAACCUGAAGCAGAUCGCGGACGAGGCCCUGCAGAAGUGCAGAGACAAGUCCCUCUCCCCUGUCCUGCAGACUCCCUGGGAUGCGGGCGUGGACCGGUGGUGGCACGAGCUCGUAAAGGACGCCAGCAAGGAGUGCGAGCCGGAGUGGUGCGACGCGGAAGACGAGCGGGGGGAGCCCAAGUUUCGGGGCGUCGUGCACACGGUGGGUGGAUACAUGAUUUUCACUGCUGCCACUUUUAAGUACGUGUUUGAUCACCAUCCUGAGGACGUGUACUGGUGCACGGCCGACAUCGGCUGGAUAACUGGGCACUCCUACCUCACCUACGGGCCGCUGGCCAAUGGGGCAACCAGUGUUUUGGCCCCAAAUGGCCAGCCUCUCUGCUUCCUUGCAGGCCACUUGCUGAGCACGGCGGAGGUGGAGUCGGCGCUGGUGGGACACGCCUCCGUGGCCGAGGCGGCCGUGGUGAGCCACCCCCACCCCGUGAAAGGCGAGUGCCUCUACUGCUUUGUGACCCUGCGGGACGGGCACGAGUUCACCAAGGCCCUGAGGGACGAGCUGAGAAACCAAGUCCGAGAAAAAAUUGGGCCGAUAGCAACCCCCGAUUACAUCCAGCACGCGCCUGGCCUGCCCAAGACCCGCUCAGGUACGGUCCCCCCCGGGUCACCUGCUCCCCCCGCUGGGAAGCGGCACAGCGCCUGGCCUCUGCAGGCCGGGCCUCCUUAGAGCAAGGGAGUCACC